AUGGCCAUGGUUUCCGACGUUCCAAGGUUUUGCGUGCUCGGCGGAGGAAUUGCUGGCUUGGUGUCGGCACGACUCCUACAACGACAACUUCCCCAUGCCCAGAUCACCGUCUUAGAGGAGUCCGAGCGGCUGGGCGGCCUCGUGCAAACUGCAAGAGGUCCGAAGGGUCAGAUUUUGGAGCAGGGCUUCCAUUCCAGCAUCCUGGUGAACAGAAAUGGCCGGGAGGCUCUAGGCUUGGCCAAAAUGCUGAAGCUCAAUGACGAGGUCCUCGGGGCCAACAUCGAAGCAUCUGCACGACGCCACCUGCUGCACCGUGGCCGUGUGCAGAUUGCACCAGCACCUCAUCACGUGCUUUUUUACGGUCCUGCUCUGAUGGCAGAGCCCUUGUGGCCUCGGGGCCGCCAGAGUGACGAGAGCGUUGCAGCCUUUACAUCUCGCCGUGGCUCCCGUUCUCUGGCCAGGCACUUGGCAGAUCCUAUCUGCAGAGGUCAGCUCGCUGGCAAAGCCGAGGACCUGUCCGUGAGGACCUGCUUCCCCAGACUCUGGCACAAUGAGCAGCGCUUCGGCUCGGUCUUCGUUGGGGCCGCUUUGGGGGCGCUUUCUUCCUACCGACAGCGGAGUUGGAUGGCCUUGGACCUGCUGGAUCCCUUGCUCCAGCGAGUUGCAACAGGGGGUCGUAGCUACUCGUUCCGCAAUGGUCUGAGCAGUCUCACCGACACCCUGGAGGAGUCUCUGCAGCGUCCUGCACCUGGCACGCGCCCGGCUGAAAUUCGGCUUGGGUCCGCUGUGCAGCGGCUGGAAGAUCCUGGAGAUAAUUCGAAGAUUGUCCAUGUUUGCCUAGGAGAUGGUAGCCGAGUUGAUGCAGACUGUGUCAUCGCAGCCAUUCCCCCGCACACACUCGGAGGGCUGCUACAGAGGAGUCUCAAAGCUGGCAGCUCUCCGGAUGACACUGUUUGGAGACCGUUGACGGGCAUCCAGCACAAGUCAGUUGCGGUGGUGAACGUCUGCUUUGACAAGGAUGUCCUGAAGGAACGCCGCCUGCGAGGUGCUGGCUACUUCAUCGGCUCUUACGAGAACCAAGGGUCGAUGCUUGCCAUGUCCUGGGACUCCCAACUCUUUCCAGAGCAAGGAGCAAGCGGGUCCCAGAUGACACUGUACUUCGAUGGCGAUCUUGCACAAGAGACAGGGCCAGGCUUUUCAGAGGAGGCUGUGGCCGAAAGUGCCUUGGAAGCUGUGAAGCAGCAUUUAGGGAUUCAGGAACAGCCCUCACACGUUAGUGUGAAGCUCUGGCAGGAUGCGCUUCCUCAGUACCGGGUCGGCCACCAUAUGCUUUUGCAGGACUUCAAUGCAGCACGUCGACGCCACCUUCCAUGGCUGCAGGUUUGUGGCCCCGGAUAUUUCGGGACGCGCAACGUUGCCGAUGAGGUAGUCGACGCCCGCGAGUUAACAGAUACGAUCGUCCGGCGCUUCAUGCGGUUCCCCCAUCUCAUCGAGAACGAGCUGGAAGAGGACACUUCUAGACGAUCUGGGCGAAUCUGA